UGCCGAGAUAUGUUGCAUGCUGCCUGUUGUGACAAGAAAAACAGACUUUAUGGCCAAAUAGUCAUUAUAUCGAUUUGUGUGUGCUUAUCCACCACCUGUAUGCCACGCACCACGGUCAUGUUUUAGUACUUUGUGUUUGCCUGUCUAAAGACGUCACUGUAUGUCACGAUUUACGUUAUAAAAAACCGGAUGCUUUUAUUAUAUUUGACAGUAAAUUAUGACACUGUAUAUGUCUUUUGCAUUUGAGAUGUAUUCAUAUUAAUGUAUAGGAACACCUGACGUUUUUUCAAGUCCCAAUCAGUAUUGGCAAAUAAUUAUUGUUAAAAUAGAUAUUGAUGAGAUUUUAUUUGUUGUCAUUUGAUAUGUGUAGUUUAACAAAUGCAAGACGUCUGUAGGGCAACCUUUAACAAUGAUUGACAUUGUCAAAUAAUAAUAUGAACAUAUUCUUAAUUUUUCCACAUUGUUUAUCCUCGCGCUUUUCUUGACAGCGAGUCACAGCUUUGAAUUGUCAUUUGUCAACCUAAUACACAAAUGAUUGUUAAUAAUUGACACUCAUUUACAGAGGAAUGUAUUCGUCUUUAAAUUAAAAAUAAAGCAUAUAAGCACAAAAAGGUGCAACAGAAUUUGUUUGUCUAUAAUACGUUUUAGAUAUAGAAUAUAGAGCAUCUGUUUCAAUACAUGUAUUUUUCCAAUUUUUUUAUUUCUCUGUGAGAGACAUAAACACUAUAAUAAUCUUAUCACCAUGGAAACGAGUGCAACUGCCGUGACCACACCCCUUUGUAGACGACACAGCGUCGGGCAGUGCACUUCCUGGUUACUCUGCGCUGCACGCCUGUUGUGGCUGUUGAUUUAGGACUAUUGAUUGGUUUCUUUCUCAAGGAAUGGUACAUUUAGUCCUAGGACGAUACUGGAUCGGCCGGAUUCGUCUCGCGCUCACUCUCCUCGGACUUCCGUAUACGGUCUGCAACCACGAAGUCAGGCCUGCCAUCCGCUGCUCAUCUUCUCACCCUUUCAGGACCAGUCAAACCAUCAGACCCGCCAGUAGCAGUUGCUUUAACCUCUACACAACAAGUGUCUGGACAAUGCCAUCCUCAGCAGCGCCACAUGUCAAGUCUAGAUGCCCCCAGUAUCCCGGGUCCAAAAUCAAGCGCUUCCUCGUGCCCGAUGACAAGGUGGGCUGGAGUCAGAGCUGGCCGCAGUAUAAUGCUGUCAGCCACACCGACCCUUCAGUAGAAAAGAAACCAGUUUGGGCAGAUCCUGAUAUUGGCUCUUUCUCUCCAAAGUUUAACGCUGUGGAUGAUGGUGUGGACAGGACGAGCUUUGACGGCAGCUACAAAAUGGAAAAGGGAAAGCCACUAAAUCCUCAUGGACGCACAGGGGUGACUGGUAGAGGUUUGCUGGGCCGAUGGGGACCCAAUCACGCAGCAGAUCCCAUUGUCACCAGAUGGAAAAUAGAUGCCAAAAAAGCAAAGAUAUCUCACCCCGUCUCCAAGCGGCCUAUCCUGCAGUUUGUGGCCAUCAAGAGGAACGACUGUGGGGAGUGGGCCAUUCCUGGGGGGAUGGUCGAUCCAGGGGAGCAGGUCUCUCUCACGUUGCAGCGGGAGUUCUCGGAAGAAGCGUUGAAUUCGUUGACGGUCCCGGCACCAGAGAGGGCAAAAAUCAGUGAGCGCAUCGGCAAACUCUUCAAAUCGGCCGGGUUUCAGGUUUAUAAAGGCUACGUGGAUGAUCCUAGAAACACUGACAAUUCUUGGAUGGAGACAGUCGCUGUCAACUUCCACGAUGAAUCGGGCAACAGUGUGAGCGAGCUGCCGCUGCAAGCCGGCGAUGACGCAGGACAAGUCCAGUGGGUUGAUGUUGACGCGUCCUUCCCGCUGUAUGCCAACCAUUCCCAUUUCCUGGAGCUGGUUGCCAAAGAGAGGAAAGCUCACUGGUAACCAAGGAGGACCGACUCUGACAUGACGACGAUGAAGGAAACAUGGAGGGCCUUGUUCUGUGAGAUAUAGAUGAAUUAUGCCUAAACUUGCCUCACUAAUUUCAACAUAAUAAUCAUAGUUAGUGAAAGCUUAUCAUGUAUUUCAUUAGGUUCAUAUGUAUGCCCACUAUAUAAUGCGCAGCCGGUUUAGAUUAAUAUAGCAGAAUGUAUGAAAGCCUGGCUACAGUCGGCUCAGAGGACAUGUUGGAUCUGCUGUUUGAUUUUUGUCACAGUAAAGAAAAAAAAGAGAUGAGAUAAAUGAUAAAUAAAUAAACUCCCCGCUUGGAAGAAGCUUAACACGAGACUGUAUGCAUGCAAGGUGCUGCUGCGUGGCACGCCACAUUAUUUCUAUUGGCACUAAUUAUGCUAAUUAAUUCAACGUUAAUAAGGAUCACAUUAACCCAGCUUGAUGUUAGAAGAACAAACACAAUGAGCUGCUGAACAUAACACAUACUACAUUAAUUUAUGUGUGAUAUCAUAAGGAGGGCGAUCAAAAUGAAAAAGUGCAGCCGGACUUUGAUCUCUCGAUGUGAAUAGAGUAAGAAGAUGUGCUGGAGCUGCACACACAGCCCAGCAGAGCCCCAGAGCGGAGCACAGACAGGCCGAAGCUAGAGGGCGAGCAUGUUUUCAAGUGGUAACAGACGGUGGAAGCGAAGGCCGGUUCGCACUCGACAGCCUGCCUUUUCCCAAAAUGUUCACAUCAGUAGGUGUCGUCUCACUGCCGGGCGCACUUUGCGUAUCUGUAAGGUUUCACGAUGCAGACGGGCAACACGUGGAUGCUGCUUUCAUCAAGAGGCAGUCAACAACAGACAACCAAGUCUUUGCAAUGAGACAUGUCUGCUUUUUGGUUGAACUAACAGAUUUCACGAGGUGUGAUGUGAAAAUUCUGUACGCUAUGAAACUAGUGAGCAUGUGAAGGGAAAGGGAGAUGAAGGUGGCUGCAAGAGAACCUCUUAACAUCCUAAACAGAUCCUAUAAGUCUUUUUGCUGCUCAGGCCUCAACAUUUGUCUGCAGGACAUGAUAUUCAGUUGCAUUAAGGUAUGAUGGCAGCAGCUGUGCGUGGGAAGGUUCUGCUGUUCAAACCCAUUUCUAAAAGCAUAAUCUUAAAAAGGAACACACUUAUGCAGAUAAACACUCAGCUCUUAUAGACUCCUAGUACACCCAGGCCACUUACCAUCGCCACUGAAGCAUUUACAGUCAGAGUGCUGGCAGCGUUUGAUGUUACAGGAAAGGAGAAUACUUCCCAUCCAGAUGUAUCUGUAAACUGCCGGUCAUAUGAUCCUCUAACCUUUGACUUCAACAAUUUCUGAUGGGUUUUAUUUGUUUCUGCUUAUUGUGAUUGUACAAGACAACAUACAAAUAAAUAAAUGGCAGGAUGAGUGAUGGAAUAAUCUUAUUAAUCCGGACUCCCUCAUAACGGUGCUUAUUAUA